UGCUUCUAACAAACUCUGCAGUCCUGCUACAAUCUUCAGCUGUGUAACAGUCCUCUCUCCUCGUGUUCUCUCUUGACCAGCAGACAGUCCGCCAUCAUGUUUUACAGCCAAAGCAGCGGUCCCCAAACGAUCCUCAGGCAGAGCCGCAGCUACACGUCAAGUUCUGCUCCCCACAAGGCUCACAGUGUGUCUGGGUACAGCUUCAGAGGGAACCCGCGCAUCGCCUCCACCAGCGUGCGCACCGUCUCCUCCGGGUAUGGAGGUGGCAUGGGCGGGUUCGACCUGUCCAACGCACUGGACCAGAGCUCCGUGCACAUGAACGAGAAGGCCACCAUGCAGAACCUGAACGAUCGCCUGGCCAGCUACCUGGACAAGGUCCGCUCUCUGGAGACCGCCAACUCUAAGCUGGAGGUGCAGAUCAGAGAGUACUACGAGCAGAAGGGGCCAGCAGCCGAGAGGGACUACAGCAACUACUGGGCCAUUAUCAAUGACCUGAAGGACAAGAUUGCCGCCGCCAACGUCGGCAAUGCCAGCAUCCUGCUCCAGAUUGACAACUCUAAACUGGCUGCUGAUGACUUCAGAACCAAGUUUGAGCAUGAGCUGAUGAUGCGCCAGUCAGUUGAGGCUGACAUCGCAAACCUGCGGCGUCUGCUGGACCAGACCACCCUGACGAAAGCCGACCUGGAGAUGCAGAUCGAGAGCCUGCAGGAUGAGCUGGCCUACCUCAAGAAGAACCACGCCGAGGAGCUGGCAGCGAUGCGCUCUCAGCUCACUGGCACAGUCAAUGUGGAGGUGGAUGCCGCGCCCCAGGCAGACCUCAACAAAGCCCUGGACGAGAUCCGCGCCCAGUACGAGGCCAUCACCGACAAACAUCGGCGCGACCAGGAGUGCUGGUUUAAUGAGAAGUCCACAGCCCUGUCCAAGGAGGUGGCCUACAGCACUGAGACAAUCCAGACGUCCAAGACAGAGAUCGGUGACCUGCGGCGCACACUGCAGGGCCUGGAGAUUGAACUGCAGUCUCAGCUCAGCAUGAAAGGAGCUUUAGAAAACACACUGGGAGAGACGGACGCUCGUUACAGCUCCAUGCUUUCCGCCUUCCAAAGCACAAUCAACAUGCUUGAACAAGAACUCGGCAACGUGCGCUCAAGCAUCGAGCAGCAGGGCCAGGAAUACAGGAUGCUGCUGGACAUCAAGACCAGACUGGAGCAGGAGAUCACAACCUACAGGAGCCUGCUGGAAACCGAGGAGUCCAGACCUAAAGGUGAGUGACGCAUGUUUUAACAAGGCAUUAAAAAACAACAGUAGGGUCAGUGUAAUACAAGCUUGAAGCACUGCCAUCAUGAGCUUUUCCCUUCUGUUUCACAGGAGGCUCAAAGACCACAGUCACAACCACCGUGCGGAGUUCCAGCUAGGAGGUCCAAUUGGCAGGACAAGCUGUACUCAGACCUACAAACACACACACACACACACACGCACACACACACAUUAAUAAAACUGUACUGAAGAAAAUGCAGAUAUUUUGAAAGUGAUUUGGUGUUUUAAAGUCUAAAACAUUUGCAAUUCAAAAGGAAUGUGCGUGUGUGAUUGUGUAUUUGUGUGUUUCACCUUUCUGAUAAUAAAUCGGCUAGUUGAUACAAA